GUCUUUCGCUCGACGAUCCGAAAACACCAGUCGGUAGAGAGAAAAUAAUAUUACGCACUCUCUCUCACCUCUCUCUCUCUCCCCUCUCUUCUCCCUGGAUCUGAACUUCUUCUUGACUAGGGUUUGAGAUUUCAGUUUCUCAAUUCGGGAUUUCCAGAUCCGAACAGCUGCUCCUUCCGAGCUUCUCAAUUCCCAGAACAAACGAAAGUUGUGGCAUUGUUGGGAAGAUAUGUCCCAUUACGCUGGUUAUGUGGAGGAUGAAUACGAAAUGGAAGAUGUAGAUGAUGAUAUGGAUGACGAGUUUCACAGUAGAGAAAUGGGCGGCUCAGAUUCCGAUGUUGAUGAAUAUGACUACUUGAAUAGUAAAGUAGCUGAUACAACUGCUGCUCAAGCAAGAAAAGGAAAAGACAUCCAAGGUAUUCCUUGGGAUAGACUUAGCAUUACUAGAGAGAAAUACCGACAGACUAGGUUAGAACAAUACAAGAAUUAUGAGAAUGUCCCUAAUUCUGGGGAAGGAUCAGGGAAGGAUUGCAAAGAUACAAAGAAAGGAUCUGUAUAUUAUGAGUUCAGACGAAAUGCUAGAUCAGUGAAAUCAACCAUUCUUCAUUUUCAGUUGCGUAACUUGGUCUGGGCUACUUCCAAGCAUGACAUCUAUCUGAUGUCACAUUUUUCUGUCGUUCAUUGGUCUUCCUUAAGUUGCACAAAGUCUGAGGUUCUCAACGUUUCUGGACAUGUGACACCAUCGGAGAAACAUCCUGGAAGUCUCUUGGAGGGGUUUACACAGACUCAAGUUAGUACUCUUGCUGUAAAAGAUAAGUUGCUGGUUGCUGGAGGAUUCCAGGGUGAACUUAUUUGCAAGCAUCUUGAUCGUCCAGGAGUUAUUUGCUCGAGGACAACUUAUGACGAUAAUGCCAUAACAAAUGCUGUUGAGAUUUAUGACAGUCCCAGUGGGGCAGUUCACUUUACAGCCUCUAAUAAUGACUGUGGAGUCAGAGACUUUGACAUGGAGAAAUUUCAGCUUACUAAGCAUUUCCGGUAUCCUUGGCCUGUGAAUCAUACUUCUUUGAGUCCCGAUGGUAAACUUCUUGUGAUUGUUGGAGACAAUCCAGAAGGGAUUUUGGUAAACUCUCAAACUGGAAAGACGGUGAUGUCUUUAAAUGGGCACUUGGAUUUCUCCUUUGCAUCAGCAUGGCAUCCCGAUGGUAUGACCUUUGCUACUGGGAACCAGGACAAAACCUGCCGGAUUUGGGAUGUUCGAAACCUUUCCAAGUCAGUUGCUGUUUUGAAGGGGAACCUUGGAGCUAUUCGGUCAAUCCGGUAUACUUCUGAUGGUCAGUAUAUGAUGAUGGCAGAGCCAGCAGACUUUGUGCAUGUCUAUGAUGUGAAAAGUGGGUAUGAGAAGGAACAGGAAAUUGAUUUCUUUGGCGAGAUAUCUGGCAUAUCAUUCAGUCCGGACACAGAGUCACUUUUUAUUGGAGUGUGGGAUCGUACAUACGGUAGUCUUCUUGAGUAUGGCCGGAGCCGGAACUACUCUUACCUUGACUCUCUUAUUUGACCGACUUCAAUAAGCAAACUGCGAAUGAGUGUUGGCGUUGCUCAUUCCUCAGUGCGAUUGAGCCUAGUAACGUAUUUCGCGCAGUGGGAAGAGGUUGUAGAUGUAAAUGAAGUAUUAUGUGCAAUAGUAGCUUUGUUGUUGGUGUUCCGUCCUUUUCUCCCCAUAGAAAAUGUGUAAAAGGGAGGAAUGUACAGAAGGCUAAGGCAAUGGUGGUCGAAACAAAUGGGGAAGAAGAACCGGUGUGUCUUGGGGCGAAAGACAUUGGCUGUUUUGCGUUUUUGAAAUUUUAUCUCAAUGUGGCACGUGUCAUGUGGGAAAGAAGCUACCAAUCAUCUUGUUGGUUUCUUGGAUCCCAAGUGAUGAGUUUGAUAUAGAGUAAAACUUCCUGUAAUAAUUCUACUAAACAAAUUUACUUUUGUUCCCUGUUUACUUUUGUUCCCCUGCCUUC